AUGGCUUCCUACGGCCAACCCCCCGCGGCCGCGGUCUCACGACAUGGCCAACCCGUGUCCUAUGCGCCCGCCGGCACUUUCUCUCCGGGCACCAAGAUCCAGGUGGGCAGCCAUCGCGUGGUGAUCCAGAAGUACCUGUCCGAGGGCGGCUUCGCCCACGUCUACCUAGUCAAGAUGCCCAAGCCCAUCGACGGCACCGACAUCGCCGUGCUCAAGCGCGUGGCCGUUCCGGACAAGGAGGCUCUCAAGGGCAUGCGCACCGAGGUCGAGACGAUGAAGAGGCUGAAGGGCCACCGCCCCAUCGUCACGUAUAUCGAUUCCCACGCCUCGGAGCUCAGGGGCGGCGGCUACGAGGUGUUUCUGCUGAUGGAAUACUGCAACGGGGGAGGACUGAUCGACUUUAUGAACACGAGGCUACAGCAUCGAUUGACGGAGCCCGAGAUCCUCCAGAUCUUCACAGACGUCACUGAAGGUGUUGCCUGCAUGCACUACCUGAAACCACCGCUGCUACAUCGAGACCUGAAGGUGGAGAACGUCCUGAUUACAACAACUGGCUCAAAAAAGAAGUUCAAGCUGUGCGAUUUUGGCUCUGCUGCAGUCCCCAGACCUGCCCCAACAACAGUGAUUGAGUGCCGGCUGGUGGAGGAAGAUGUUCAGAAGCACACAACCAUGCAGUACAGAAGUCCGGAGAUGAUUGAUGUAUACCGAAAGCAACCUAUCGAUGAGAAGUCAGACAUAUGGGCCCUGGGGGUUCUGCUGUACAAGCUGUGCUACUACACAACACCUUUUGAGGACCAGGGCCAGCUGGCAAUCCUCAAUGCAAGCUACAGGUUCCCGAGUUAUCCAGUCUUCUCAGACAGGUUAAAAAAGCUGAUAGCAUCUAUGUUGAAGGAGCACCCGCAGUCCAGACCAAAUAUCUAUCAAGUGCUUCGAGAGUCCUGUGCUAUGCAGGGCCGUGAGAUUCCCAUCAAAGAUAUAUACACUGGCAGGUCGCAAUCAGACUCCCAACGUCGAGAAGCACCGCCACCACAAGCCACCUCGAAUGCUUCCACUCCUGCGGUUGGGGCCGUCUUCUCCCCACCGACCCAACACGAACAAGUAAUUCCUGAGAUUGCGCCCAUGAGGAGGGGCCGUUUACCAGCCGCAGGACCACAGGCUAGUCAUGCGACAAAACCAAGUCCUUCACCGAAGCCCGUCACAAAUGGGGAUCCUUUUGCCGCACUCGACUCCAAUGCUGGUGCAAAGGCGGCCGAUGAGUUGUCAUCGAGAUUCCCGACGCUCGAUCAAUUUUCCAUCCUGCACGAGAAGGGUAUCAAAUUCGACUUUGACGAUACCACCUCGCCUGUCGUUGCUGGGAACGAGGCGCCCGACAAGACUUCAGACAAUGCCUUUAAUAUCACGCAAGGUCUGCCAAUUGUUGAAGGAGAAGCGCCUCGUGUGAUACCAGCAGCCCCUUCGGCAUCAUCAGAGAAGACGGCAGCACAGUCGCCACCAAAGGCUGGAUCGGGGCUACUGAAGUCGUCCGAGAUGAGCCGCGCGUCCGAGAUCAUCAUGAGCACCCCUGAACUGCAGGCCAUUUCCUCGGGUUCUGCCCAGGUGUUCCAGCCGUCGCCCACACGACCUACGAUGGUAUCGACGGGGACCAUGACCACGCCGCCCAUGGAACGGCAAAACUCGAGGACGCCGUCACAAUAUCAGCUCUAUCGUUUCCCCGAUCGGCAUAGCCGAUCGUCAAGCCUCACAAGAACGCAAGAGGCGAGCUUGCCAACUCGCAAAGAAUCUCCCAAAAUCCGUCCAAGCGCCUCUUUUCUCGGCCACGUACGGCACGCAUCCUCCUCGGCAAGGCCCUCCCUCGAGGGCGGCCGUCCGAGCAUGGAAAACCUCGGAGAGCCACUGAGCAAGUCGGCAUCCAUGUCGGGACGUCCUCGCCCAGUCAGCACUUACCUAGAGUCGAAUUUGGACUUUUUGCGUGAGCGGGAGAGCAUCCCGAAGCCGCUCGCGUCUCCGGCACUGCCUUCGCCGAGUCUGCUUCCAACAGACAAGGAAGUGCCCCCAAGCCUGCUGAACGAGACCGACGAGACCAAUAUCGAGUCCAAUGUGGAUUUCCUCCGCUCGAUGGAAGACUCCAAGCCGAGGAAAAGUGAGGAAGGCAAGCGAACUAGUCUUUCGUCUUUGGGAAAGAAGUCGUCCUCGAUACUCGCUAGCAAAUUCGGUGACGCGUUCAAACGUUUUGAGUCCAGUCAACCUGCGCCGCCACCACUGCGGACACCAUCACCUUCAAGAGCAUUUGAGCGCAAGGACCUGACGCCCAUCGCGGGCUCUGAAGCUACAGACGGACGAAGUGAUGACGGCCGUGCGCUCGACGAGACAGACACGAUGACGCCGGAGAUGCGCCGCGAAAUGGAGAGGCAGCAGUUGGCAGACGAGGAAAAGCGAGUUGCCGUGGCGCAGGCCGAAUACCGAGCGCGAGUAGCCGCGCGUGGGGAGGGUGGAAGGCCAACGCCCCCUCCCGUCGUCGGCUCAUCACGAGCUGCUGCGAUUCAGAACAAAGUGCAGAGCCUGCUGGACGAGAAUACCCGCUCGUCAACGAACGUCAAGAGGACCGCAGAAGGCUACGGGCAAUACACGGCUCCCUCCAGCGCGCCGACGCAGGCUGUCAAUUCGAAACCUGAUAUACCGCGCAAACCUGUGGUCGGGGACCGGAGCUCUGUGCUUCCGCCUCGAAAAACUCCCGGCUCUGGCUCUGCAUCUCUCAACAGGGUGUCGAGCAUGUCCCCCAAACCAACCAAUUUCUCACGACCACCAGUGCCGCCUAAAGACAUCAAGCCAAUGGCCCCACCGAAACCGAACCACCUCAACAAGACGCCCACAAGCGGCUCGAGCGGCUCGGCCAACACGAGCGGCAUGCGGCAGACUGGUCGUCUCGAGGUGUUGGUAGCGGCAGAUCUCCCGGGCCAGCCCACUCUAGACAUGAGCCAACAGGAAAAGGACGACUAUCUCCAAGACUUCUCAAAAAGAUUUCCUAGCCUGUCAUCUAUUGAGAUGGUCGAGCGGGACCUCGCGGCCGAGGAGAGCACCAAGCCCGGCAGGUAGGGUGUGCCCUGGACUUGGUCUCCAGGCAGGUUCACGAGGUUGCACCGACUCUGGGAGAGACGGUCCAGUACUGGCUGGGGCCGCGGGUUCCGUCUGAGUGAUGAGGCUGAUGGGAGUGGUGAUUCCCAGUUGAGAGGGGGGAGCUCUGGAGGUCUGUAAAUAAUUGUGAAGUCGUGUCGCAACAUCACGCCCCUCACGCUAGAUCUGUACCGUGAACCGGAAGUAGAAGUGGGGUGGAAACGGCCAAGAUUGCGCUUGCGGGCGCAUGAAGCGAUGAAGCCAGAAGAGGUAGCCAGCGCGGACUUUGAGUGGCAAGAUGGACAUGUACGUGUGCAUGGUAAGACUCCAUGGAUAGCCACUAGGAAUGAAAGCAUGUUCAACCUC